AACACAAAUUAAGUCCAUUAGUUAGGUGACAUUCGACGAGGUGGUCACGCGCGCACAAAACGCAAUAGCAGAAAAAAAACAAGCGAAACGAAAACAAACGUAAAUAAGACACUAGCUAAAUAUUAGCAGAACCAUUUGAAAAAGAAUUUUUGCCGAAAAAAGAAAAGAAAUAUUUUAAAGAAACAUAUAAAUUCAAGGUCAUGGAUAUUGUGGACACAACCAAAGUGACGGGCCUGAAAAAGGCCAAUAUACCCGAAACCAUUAAAUUAUAUCAGGAUUUGGAUGAUGAUUCCAAAGAGCUGCUCAGAUGUGCCAACCAGGUCCGCCAAAAUGCCUAUGUACCCUAUAGCAACUUUAAAGUGGGUGCCGCUUUUCGCACAAAGUGUGGCCGUAUUUUUACCGGCUGUAAUGUUGAGAAUGCCGCCUUUACCCCCUGUUCGUGUGCCGAGCGCACGGCCAUCUGCAAAGCGGUAAGUGAGGGCUUUCGUGAAUUUGUGGCCGGCGCUGUGGUGGCCUAUCAGGAGGAUGCCUUCACCACGCCGUGUGGCGUGUGCCGGCAAUUUAUUAUGGAAUUUUCGGCCGAAGACAUGCCCAUCUAUGUGACCAAAGCUGUGGAAAAUUCUGGACCCCAGCAGCCAUUGGAAAAUCAAAGUGGCGACAAUGUGCUGUGUACCUCUAUCUAUAAUUUAUUGCCAAAUGGUUUUAGGAAUUAUAAAUAAUUUUAGAAAAAUAUAUAUAUUUUUUUGGAAUUUAUAUAUACACAAUUU